AUGGCUGAUAAGAGGGUGCCUAAGGAGGUGACCCAUCUACGUGGUUUGGAGGCUUCUGGAGCCAGCAGCACCCCUAGGCACCUGAGUUUGGGGGUGGGCAGCAGAGAGAGCCCCAGUCCUCCUGGGCUUACCAAAAACCUGGAGACUUCUUCUGUGAAAUCGGAGAACUCUGAAGAUGGUACAGGCUGGGCGAAGGAAGGAGGCAGAUAUUCCCCUCCACCAAGACAUUUAAGCCCAUCUACCUGCACCCUGAGGAAACACAAAACCAACCGCAAGCCCAGAACUCCCUUCACCACGUCGCAGUUGUUGGCCCUGGAGCGCAAAUUCCGCCAGAAGCAAUACCUCUCCAUAGCAGAACGAGCUGAGUUCUCCAGUUCUCUCAACCUCACAGAGACCCAGGUCAAAAUCUGGUUCCAGAACCGCAGAGCCAAAGCCAAAAGACUGCAGGAGGCUGAACUGGAAAAGCUGAAAAUGGCAGCAAAGCCCAUACUUCCCCAUGGCUUCAGUUUACCUUUCCCUAUCAAUUCCCCCAUCCCAGCUGCUUCAUUGUAUGGAUCCUCCUACCAGCUCCACAGACCGGUCCUUCCCAUCCCACCUGUAGGACUCUAUGCUACUCCUGUUGGAUACAGCAUGUAUCACUUGUCUUGA